CAUGAAGAGAGAAAACAAACAUGGCCGACCAGGAGCUCUAGAGGUCUGAAGUUAUCGAGAAGAAGCGCUGCUUGAAAUCUGCUAAACUCUCCGUGUUCGCUGCGGGUAUCUGACCGCUGCAGCGGCACGUUACCUGCUCUGUCACAUCUGGACACACCUCACACAUGAAUGGGAGGUUCAGGUUGAGUGAGUUUGACCGUAAAGGGCCUGAACAAACCGGACGUUAGCACCAGCAGUGUUAGCCUCGUUAGCAACCGGACCAGCGCUGCUCCUGUUGUUGUCAGGAGGAGGAGAACGCGCUAGAGGGAUCUCACUGUUAUGACUCUUUAUUCAGCCUUUCUGUUUUGUUUUGCAACCGGACUAUAGCUGUUUAGGUGGAUUGACUCUGGACUUUACCUGUCUGAACAUUACACCCUCAGCAACAUGGAUCCAAAGCGCGCACACAGCAGACCUCCAACGAGAGGAGGAGGAAGAAGCAGCAGCAGCAGCGACUCCAGCUGCGGCAGCCCGGCGUCGCCCUCCAGCAGCCCGGCUCCAGCAGCAGCAGCAGCAGCAGCAGCAGCAGCCAGCAGAGCCCCGGGGCUGCCUGGAGGCAACGUGUUCGCUAACGACGGCAGCUUCAUGGAGAUGUUCAAGAAGAAGAUGGAGCAGGAGGAGAAGAGGAAAAAGGAGACGCAGCAGCAGGACACAUGUGGAGAGGCGAGAGCCACCGAGCAAGGACAGACACCCGUGGAAAAGAAGCCCCUUCCCGUGACGAGCUUUGUAAGGGGUUUGGCAGUUUCUUCUAUCCCCUACACCCAGGUGGGGAAGCGCAGAGGCGGUGUGUUCCUAAAGACCGGCAUGGUUGCGAAGAAGCUGAAAGACGAGAACGAACGUGAGCCAGGCAAGAGCGAUGCUUGGUCAACGUAUAUGGCCGAGGUAAAAAAGUACAAAGCCCACCAGUGUGGUGACGACGAUAAGACCAGGCCUCUGGUCAAGUAGGUUCCAAAAAGGCGAACAGAACAGGAAGCGACAAUGUUUUGAGAGGACAACCAUCUGGUAGAAGCUGCGGCCAAUCCUGACCGUCUCAUACUGCCAGUUCCAAGUUACCCUUCACAUAAUGUCUUUCACAAACUGUAUAGAUUGACAGGCCCUUUUUUCCCCCCCCCUUUUUUUGUAUUGUUUUUUUGUCUUGCUUGUUAUUUUGUUGGACUGAUAAUCUGAUGUCAAGAGGUGUUUUCAGAAACUUUGCCGUUCAUUAUUGUUAAAUGUUUUCAAAUUUGUCAUGUCUGGGUAGAGUUAGGGUUCAUUAAUAGUUGGAUUUGAUUUAAUAGCCGAAUCAAGGUGUCAAUUAAAUCUACACUGCCCAUUGA